GUCACCCCAGCUGGGCCGCUGACUCCCCGCCCCGCCGCACUCCGCCAGCGUACAGCUUGGGUUCGGCUCUUCCCCUCCCUCUUAAAGAUUCAGGGCAGAACCAGGUCUUCUCCAGGUCAAGCCGCCUACCCGGGUUCCUGGUAUUGUCGCCCCUCUGCAGUCACCCCUGAAGCUUCAGUAACGGAAUACCACCCGGGCAGAGAGGGGCUUGAACCUGCAGCCGGCUGGAGGGAGACUGGAGCCUGAGUGUGCAGCAGCUGCGCUCUGUAUGGUGGCUGGGAGAGCUGUGAGUGUGUGUGUAUGUGUGUGUGUGUAGGUGGGUGGAUGGCUGAGUGUCUCCUUCACUGGCAUACUCUUCCCCUGACACCAGAAGGAGUCUCUCUGGCCACUCAGCUCUGAAAAGAUCCCAGGGUGGGGCAGCUGGUCCCAGGACACCAGGAGGAGGGAGAAUCCGGAUUCACUUGCUUGAACGCAGGCAGAGGUUCCCUGAACCUCUGUCCCUCCAUGCCCCAGGGUAGGGUCUGGGACUAAGCUCUGUGGUUCUUAGCCUGGGGACACAGUGAAGCUAGGGGUUAUAAAGGAGGAGCAGAGAGGGAACUGUGGAAGAGGAAAGGGCUGGAGACAUAGAAAGGGCACCGGCACGACAGGAGCAGGACUGUGAAUGGGGUGGAAAUGCCAAGGGUCUGCAACAGCAGUUCGUGAGUGCUCGGGUAGGAGGCUAGGGGACCAGGCCGGCCGUGGCCACUGCCAAGACAGCCUUCGAAUAAACAAACCAGGUGGUAACCCCAGUUUCUCCGGACGCACCAUCAGCGGACCACCCCUCCACUCCGCCCGCCUGCGCCCUGCGAGCUUUCUCUCAGGGCCCCUAGACCCCUUGCUGCAGGGGCCGGGUGCCUCUGGAGGACCUCCAGGGAGCUGCAAGCAGAGCGCAGCGCAGGCGGCUCCUCCCCUCCUCUUUCUGGCUGGGGGCCCGUCAGGACUGAUCCCACUCUCGGAUUGGCUCUGGAAGGCAGAGUAGGGCCGGGUUCCAGAGGCCCCGCAACCCGGGCUAGGGGCGUCGUCCCAAAUGACACCCACGGCCCCUAGGCUCUGCCAAUCCCGGCACCCAGCGGAUGGACGCGCCCGAGGAGUCCGCGCCCCUCCCUGCUGGUUAACGUCACGCGUGACGUCCCGCGUGGAGGCUGAGAGGGCCGGGGCAACCAGCGGAGAGGAAGGCGGGUCUGAGAGCUGCAGAGACCCGGAGCCCAGAAAACGAAAAUGGGUGAGUUGCCCUUAGAUAUCAACAUCCAGGAACCUCGCUGGGAUCAAAGCACUUUCCUGGGAAGAGCCCGGCACUUCUUCACUGUCACCGACCCCCGAAAUCUGCUGCUCUCUGGGGCACAGCUGGAAGCUUCCCGGAACAUUGUACAGAACUACAGGGCCGGUGUGGUGGCCCCUGGGCUCACUGAAGACCAGCUGUGGAGAGCCAAGUAUGUGUAUGACUCUGCCUUCCACCCAGACACGGGGGAGAAGGUGGUCCUGAUUGGCCGCAUGUCAGCCCAGGUGCCCAUGAACAUGAUCAUCACUGGCUGCAUGCUCACCUUUUACAGGCAGACCCCAACUGUGGUGUUCUGGCAGUGGGUGAAUCAGUCCUUCAAUGCCAUCGUCAACUACUCCAACCGCAGUGGUGACGCUCCCAUCACAGUCAGGCAGCUGGGAACAGCUUAUGUAAGUGCCACCACGGGGGCUGUGGCCACAGCUCUGGGACUCAAAUCCCUCACCAAGCAUCUGCCCCCCCUCGUUGGCAGAUUUGUGCCCUUUGCAGCAGUGGCAGCUGCCAACUGCAUCAACAUCCCCCUGAUGAGGCAGAGGGAGCUGCAAGUGGGCAUCCCAGUGACUGAGGAGGCGGGUCAGAGGCUUGGCCACUCGGUGGCUGCAGCCAAACAGGGAAUCUUCCAGGUGGUGAUAUCAAGAAUCUGCAUGGCGAUUCCUGCCAUGGCCAUUCCCCCCGUGAUCAUGGACAGUCUGGAGAAGAAAGACUUUCUGAAGCGCCGCCCCUGGCUGGGAGCACCCCUGCAGGUGGGACUGGUGGGCUUAUGCCUCAUUUUUGCCACCCCCCUGUGCUGUGCCCUGUUCCCCCAGAGGAGCUCCAUCCAUGUCAGCAGGCUGGAGCCGGACCUGCGAGCUCAGAUCCAUGAGCAAAAUUCCAGCGUCAAAGUGGUUUACUACAACAAGGGGCUUUGAGGGAGGGCCAGCCCCAUCCCUAUCCCUCACCUCCUUAGGCUGCUGCUUGAGUGGAACUUUGCCAUCCCUACUAUGUCCCUGUCUGCCUGGUGCUGGGCAAAGGACUGUAAGGGGACAGGAGGCCAGCAACACAUUAGGCUAGGGGCUAGGGGAGGUGCCCCCACAGGCCUCUUUCUCUCCUCUCUGGUUCCUAAGAGCAGGGUCAGAUAACCCCUCCCUCCUGUGCCUGUGUGUCUAUGCACAGAUAUACGUAUGUUUGUGUGUGUGUGUUGUCCAGGGAUGUUCUGAUAUCUGCUUUUCCCCACCUGCCAGUUAGCCAGGUUACAGCACUGCCUUUCAUAAACUGUUCUUCUAGCCAAGUCCCUUACCGAUCCCCAGGAUCUCAGGCAGAGACUGAGGGACACUAGCAGGCCAAAAUGAGCUGAGUCCUUUAGAUUUCUGAUUCCUGGCUUCCAAUGCAGACUCAGGAACUGGGCCGGCUGAGGAAGACAUGUUAGGAUAAGGGAGGCAGGGGGCAUAUGCAUCCCCCAGUGCCAUCCCCACAUCCUGGAAUCAAUCUAUUUUCUCUCCUCAACCAGAACAAAGGUGUGCUGGUAUCCCCUACUGCCCUCAGCAUCUCCCCCACUCCACAAUCAUAGAAGUCCUUGCUCUGCUCUGACAUCGUGAUUUCAAAUCUAAAUCCUACAAUCCCACACCCCAACCCAAAAGCCAUGAAGGCAUUUGGGUAACAGUGGCAUCGUAACUCUUACCACAGUUAUGAGCUCUCAACAUACCCUCUUACAGAGGGACACAGCUGUCAGUCAGAGAGGUGCUUGAACUCCACAGGUGUCUGAGUGGAUGUAACUAGGACGCCCUCAAGGCCAACUAGACUGAGCGUACACUCUUACUUAACACAGGACAUUUUGAGUUCCGUUGACCUUUGGCAUUAGACAUUUGGCAAAACUCUCACCUUAGUUCCUUCUCUUUUUUAAGGCUUGGCCCUUCUCCUACCCCCAUUCCCACCCCCCAAAAGAGGGAGGGCCCAGGCAUUAAUGACUGGUCCAAAUGGAAGGUGGGCUUGAUGAUGGAAUUAGUGGUGGUAAACUCACAGAGUGCAGAGAAGAAAGGAUUCUGGCUCCAAUCCCCAUGACCUCUGGGUGGAAGAGGUAAGUGGGGCAGGUGAACCCACAAGCAACCUCCACCAGUGAUAAGUUAUGAUGCCAUUGUUACUGAAUAAACCACACACCUGUCUA